CAGAAAUCGAUUUUCAAACUAAAAUUUCUAAUACAACAAAAUGGUGGUCCUACUAUCCGCUUGUUAAUUUGGUUUAAAUACGGUCAUUGUGACAUAAGGGACCUUGUUAGUUAUUGUUAUGUUAGAAUCGUGAUAUAAUGAUGGAGUUUGACGAUAUUGUGGUGAAGGAGAAUCCCGGCCUUUGCCGGUGCUGUCUUUCUGAAGGGUGCUACAAAGAUUUAGGUUCUGAGUACACUUGGAUGAAUGAAAAUGAAGUUUACGCGGAUAUGCUGUUGGAAUGCUUUGAUAUUAGUAUAUCACAAAUAAAUGAGGGACCGAACGGUCCGAAUAGACUGAUCUGCGAGGUUUGCAUCACAAGACUCCGAGAUGCAUGUAACUUCAAGAAACAAGUGUUUGAAUGCGAAAAAAAAUUCAUUGACAUGGUUGCAAGAGGAGAAUUUAGGAAAGUAUUAAUUUACCAAGCACACAUGAAAUCUGAAGAAGUUGGCCCCGAAGACGAAAUACCAGCUGAUGAAUCUGAGUAUCUAGAAGAGGAUCCCGACUUCGGAGACGACGAGCCAUUGAAACGAGAGGAGCCUCAACCAACGGUAUCUGCUGAGCCCUUACAGAUCAAAGGGAAACGUGGCCGACCAAAGAAACAACCAGAUGCCAAGCCUGAGAAAAAGAAAUCAAAUACGGACGACAAGAAAACUAAACCUGUAGCAAAAGAUGUUAAAACGAGAAAAUACAAGGGGUGCGAAUCGUCAUCGAUGCGCCGAAGGAGAAACUUUGAGAUCUUGUUCAACAACACGACCAUAAUACCGUUCAAAUGGCGUGGCAAGUAUCUGUGCUUCUAUUGCAGCAAAGACAUCGCCGAGUACAAUGAAUUGAGGAAGCACACGAAGUCCCACGGCGAUUGCUCGAUUAAGGACCAUUCGCUGAAAGUCCUCAAAGGAGGUCACAAUAUGGAAAUCAAGAUCGAUGUCUCUGACGUCGCCUGUGAGAUCUGCGGGGAGCCGUUUCCAUCGCUCGAGGAAAUCAUCAAUCAUCUAUACGUUAAACACAAACUGGAAUAUGAUAGGGGCGUGGAAAUGUCCAUAGAGGAGUACAGGCUGGUCGAUAUGGGCUGUUUGGUGUGCGGCGAAAAGUUUGCGUUUUUCGGUUAUCUAGUCUCGCACGUGAACAAUAUUCACCCGAAGAACUGCUUGCUCUGCGACAAGUGCAACCAGAAAUUCAACAAAAAGAGAGAUCUAUUUUCCCACAUGAAGAAUUACCAUCGCGAAGGUGGAUACCAGUGCGAAGUGUGCCCGCAGAGUUUUAGCUCGCUAAACAUCCUACGUAAGCACAAAAUAAAUCGCCACUUGACCCGCUGCAGCGUAUGCCACUUGAAGCUUCCAUCGGCGUCUCUGAAGCAGAAGCACAUGGACUUGGAACAUCCGGACGAUGGAUCGCUGCAGUGCGACAACUGCGAUAAACAGUUCCACACGAAACAAGGACUCCGGAUGCACUCGAGGAAGUGUAAAGGACUCGAGGAAUUCCUCGAAAUCGCCUACAAAAAAGAGGACGCCGCCGCCAUGGAUCUGGACCAGAAUUACGAAGAACGAUCGAAGCGGCCCAGCGUUAAGCAGAUUAGGGAAAACAUAGUCAUAGUCAUUAACAUGUCAACGGCGAUACCUUUCAAUUUCUACAAGAAUAAAUUUAACUGUUUUUAUUGCUCCAAAGACUUCGCGGAUUCGGACGCGAUGCGGGAACAUACUGUAGUCGAACACCCGGUUUGCGACGUUAAAGAGAAAUGCAUCAGAAAAUGUAGAGAAUCGGUGGCCUGCGUUAAAAUCGACAUUUCUACAUUGGCCUGUAAAAUCUGCUUCGAAUCGAUGAUCAACUUGGACAGCCUUAUCGAUCAUUUGAUAGUUAAACAUGAAGCGAACUAUGAUAAGUCGAUCACGACUUGCCUACAGCCGUACAGGCUGGUCAAAGACCACAUGGCCUGCCCGAACUGUCCCGGCGAAGUGUUCCGCUUCUUCGGCACGCUACUAAAGCACAUGAACAAGAAGCACACGAACAACAACAUUAUAUGCGUGUAUUGCGGCGAGACGUUUCGGCGCGACCAGAACCUUCGCGUUCACGUUUGGCGGCACCACAGAGACGGUCGCUUCAAGUGCAACAUUUGCGGGGCGGAGUGCAAUAUCCCGUCGAGGCUGUACAUGCACAUGGCGAAGGCGCACGGCGUCCGGGCUUCGAAGUGCCCCAAGUGCCCGGAAAGCUUUGCGACCCAGUACCUACGCCAGAAGCAUCUGAUCGACGCCCACGAUUCGGGCCACAAGUGCACGUACUGCGGGAAGCUGUUCACGAGGAACUCUUUCAUGCGGGAUCACGUCCGUAGGACGCACCUCAAAGAGAAAAACGUCGAGUGCUCGAUUUGUAACAUGAAGUUCUUUAACAACAUCCUCUUGAGGCGGCACAUGGUCAAGCACAGUGGCGAGAAGAACUUCCACUGCGAGAUCUGCGGGGAAAGGUUCUUUUGGCGCAAAAGUCUUCGAACGCACAUGGCCAGACACAGCAGACACCUCAAUCCAGCACAAGUUUGUACGCGGGGAAAGAUGUACAGUGCUAAUUACAACAGGAGAAAGAAUCUAAUCAUUUUGUUCAACAACACAACAUUGAUUCCGUUCAAAUGGCGCAUGAAAUACAUGUGCUUUUAUUGCGGCCGAUCUUUAGAUGAUUAUAGCGAACUGAGAGAACAUACGAUUGAUCACGGUAUCUGUACGGAAAACGAUCGUGCCAUAAGACUAGUCAAGGCGCCGGAUAGUGAAGUUAAAAUUGAUGUUUCAGAUGUAACAUGUAGAUUAUGCGAUAAGAUGUUGUCGAAUAUGGACGAUAUUAUAGAUCAUUUGGUGUCUAAUCACAGGAAAAGCUACGACAGGGAGGUGCAAUUGGCCAUUGCUCCCUACAGCUUGAGAGACUUGAAAUGUUUAUCUUGUAGCGAGAAUUUCAGGCAUUUUCGGGCUCUAGUCGUUCACGUUAAUCGCGCACACCCUAAUAAUUGUUUCGUUUGUCGCGAUUGUGAACUAAAAUUCAACAAAAAGAGGGAUUUGGAUCGCCACUAUAGGGUGCAUCACAGGAAAAGGUUUAAAUGCUCCAAAUGUUUGGACGACUUCAGCACUUACGCGGAUUAUCAGCGCCACCGUAGUAACGCUCAUAUAUCGACUUGUAACAUAUGUUUUAAAGCUUUCUCCACGAGCACCAAAAGAUUGGUGCACAUGAAAAUGGAUCACGAUCUAGACUUAGCCGAAUGCGGGUUUUGUAAGAAAAUUAUGACGACUAGGCAAGGUUUUCUUAGACACGCGACGCAGUGUACAGCGAAAUACGAGUUAAAGUCGCCUCAGGUGGUUGUGGUGGACGACGACAAAAAGCCGUCGAUCAAAGAAAUACGCAAGGAGAUUGCCAACAUAUUUAAUAUGUCGACAGCUAUGCCUUUCAAGUUUUUCAUGACAAAAUUUCGAUGUUUCUAUUGUUCGGAGGACUUUCAGAAAUGUGACUUGCUAAAGAAACAUACCCUCGCCGAGCAUCCGUACUGUGACGUGUCUAUAAAAUCGAUGAGACUACGCCACAGAUAUGAGGGCUUACAGAUUAAGGUGGACACUUCGGCUCUGGCUUGCAAACUUUGCUUUGAGCCCGUAGACAGUAUGAGCUCUUUAUUCGAUCAUUUGAAAUCGGAGCACAAGAGUUCGUGUGACGAAUCCGUGGCCGCUCACAUUCAGGGCUUCAAAUUGAUGGAAGACAACUACGUUUGUCCGUAUUGUGAUGAAGUCUUCAGGUAUUUCAGUGUGCUCUUGAAGCACGUCAGCGUCCGUCACACUGACAACAAAUACAUAUGUGUUUACUGCGGGAAGUCGUUUAGAACGAAUCCGAAUUUGAGAUCACACGUGAUCGGUCGCCAUGACAACCCGAGCCGUGAGAAGUGUGAGAAGUGCGGGCUAGUGUUGAAGAGCAAAAACACCCUCAGACUUCACACGAGAAAAGUGCACUGUAACAAGCGGGUGGAGUGUACGGAAUGCCAGGAGACGUUCAUCACGAAUUAUUCAAUGUACGUACACAAGCGCGACGUGCACGGUAUCGGUCAUAAAUGUGAUUAUUGCUUAAAAAUUUUCGCUAAGAAUUCGGCCAUGGUGAAUCAUAUGCGACGGGCGCAUCUAAAGGAGAAGAACGUGCAGUGCUCGGUGUGUUUCGAGAGUUUCUUUGACGUGCAACGUCUUAAAACGCACAUGGUCAAGCAUGCUGGCAAGCGUAACUACCAGUGCGACGUUUGCGAUAAAAACUCGCCGUUCGAGCCGAGUACCGAACCGCCCGCGCCAGGCGUUUUCCUGGGCUGUACCUCUGAGCGACGACGGAAAAACUUGAAAAUAAUCUUCAAUUGCACAACGAUAAUUCCGUUUAAAUGGCGCGGAAGGUAUUUGUGCUUUUACUGUGGCAAGCCUUACGCUGAAUACGCUGAAUUAAAGAGUCAUACUCAGUCGCACGCCCCUUGUACCACGAAGGAUUACGCUCUGAGAAUCAUAAGAGGCAGUCACGUCGAGAUCAAGAUAGACGUUUCAGAGAUUGUGUGCAAAAUUUGCUACGAACCUUUUGAUAGUUUCGAGGAAAUCGUGAAUCAUUUAAUCGGUAAACAUAAAUUAAGUUACGAAAAGCAAAUUGGCACUCCAUACCAAGAGUACAGAUUGAGUGAUUGCGGCUGUACCCGCUGUGGGGAGCGAUUUGCUUAUUUUACUAAUCUGGUCAAACACGUGAACACCGCACAUCCACAGAACCGCUUCAUAUGCGAUAAAUGCGAAAUGCCCUUCAACAAGAAACGCGAUUUGGCAGUACACUUUAGGAAUUAUCACGGCGAAGAGAACUACAAUUGUGUGCAAUGCUCGCAGAAUUUUAAAUCCUUGGUCACGUUACGCCGCCACCAAAAUGACAUACAUUUUAGGCAGUGCAAAAUUUGUGGUAGUCGCUUCGAAUCCGUUGCGGUUUUGCGUAAGCACGAGGUAUCCGAACAUCCUGACGACGGCAAUUACAAAUGUCGGUAUUGCUGCAAGGAACUACACAGUGCGCCGGGUCUGAGGUUGCAUUACGGGAAAUGUAAGGUUCGAGCCAUCGCCUCAAUCGACCCUAAAUGUCCGUUAAUAUCCGGAGAAAUUCGCAGGCGUAAACUGAAAAACAAUUUGAAAGCAAUAAGGAAUAAUAUUCAAUGCGUCUUAAACAUGUCCACUGCGAUACCUUUUAAGUACUUCGCCAAGUAUUCAUGUUUUUAUUGUACACUAAAGUUUGUUGAGUUUGAAGAUCUGCGACAGCAUACCAUGUUAGAACAUCCUGUAUGUGACGUUAAAGAGAAAUACAUGAGGCAGUGUAAGGGUGAUAGGGUUUGCGUUAAAAUUGAUAUAUCUUCUCUCAAAUGUAAGCUGUGCUGUAUGCCAAUGGGGGACCUUGAUUUGCUGAUCGAUCACUUAAUAUCGGAACACAAAGCUGGUUAUGAUAAGUCAAUAAAAGGUUGUCUCGAUCCUUAUCGCAUAAUCAAAGAUAGCAUUCCUUGUCCUCUAUGCGAAACCGUUUUUCGUUACUUCAGCACCCUGCAGCGUCAUAUCAACUCCGAUCAUAGCAACAACAACGCGAUCUGCGAUUUCUGCGGGAAGAGCUUCAACAAGCUCAGUAAUUUGGUCGUGCACAUUGGGCUCGCGCACAUGGGUGCGACCCAGUGUGGAAUCUGCGGCGCGAACUUCAAGAACAACUGGUGCUUAUCCCGACAUAGGGCGAAACAUCACGGCGUCAAAGAUUACAAGUGCACGAAAUGCCCCGAGCUUUUCAUAUCUUCGUAUCAAAUGCAGAAGCACCUAAUUAAAGUGCACAACGAGGGACACAAAUGCGUUCAUUGCGGUAGGCUGUUUACGAGGAAUUCUUUCAUGAAAGACCACAUCAGAAGAACGCAUUUGAAAGAGAAAAAUAUCGCAUGCGCAGUGUGCAAUGAAAAGUUUUUCGAUAACUAUCUGCUGAGGCUGCACAUGGUAAAGCAUGACGGGGAAAGGAAGUUUACUUGUGAGGUCUGCGGCAAGGCGUUCCUGAGGAGAAGUGCCAGAUUCAGUACAGUCGAAGACAAACAUAAGAGAAUGGAACUGGCACGUAAACUGUUCAUAAAACGGAGGAACGUGGAAUACGUGUUGCAAUACAGCAACGCUACGCCCUUCAUGUGGCACAAGGGCAAAUACAAAUGCUUCUUUUGCAACGAAACUAUGAAAGAUCCGACCGUGUUGCGUGAUCACACAGCCUCGGCACAUCAGUUUGCCAAUUUAGAGCUGGUCGUUUACGAUCGCACGAAAAAUAAUAGGAAUAGGGAUGCCGCUAUCAAGAUUGACGUAACCGAUAUCGCUUGCAAGCUCUGCACUCAAACGGUAAAUAACUUGGAAGAGCUGAUACACCAUCUGAUUAUAGCUCACGAUGCCGAAUACGAUAUGAGCGUACCCAACUGUUUGUUGCCCUUCAAAUUGGACAAGGAUCAGCCCACGUGUCCGACUUGCGAUAUGAAAUUCGUUUUCUUCGAAUAUUUGUUACGUCACGCAAAUAAGCAUCAUCUCUCGCACCAUUAUAUCUGUGACGUUUGCGGCACGAGUUUCCAAGGGGAGAAUCAUUUGAAAAUGCAUUAUAGGUACUAUCAUAGAGAAGGCGGAUACACCUGUGAGUACUGCGGUAUUAGUCUGGCGACGUUGUCCAAGAAAAUUCUACACGAAAAAAAUGUUCAUUUGGUUAACUUAUUGACGUGCCCGCACUGUCCCGAAACGUUUAAAAGUCCAUAUUUAAAGAAGUUACAUUUGGCGAAUGUUCACGGCGUCGAAGAGCUUAAAAUUAAGUGUCCUUACUGUCCCAAAGUAUAUCCCCAAGAGAGCAUAAUGUCGCGGCAUAUGAGGCGAGUACAUCUAAGGGAAAAGAACGUUGAAUGCGAGAUAUGCGGAGACAGAUUUUUCGGGCCAUAUGACGUAAAACUUCACAUGGUCAAACACAACGGCGAAAAGAAGUUUGUUUGCACGGUGUGCGGAAAGAAAUUCUCAAAAAAGAGUAACUUGAAUUCUCAUUCGGUUCUACAUACUGGCCAGAAGCUGUAUAUAUGUAGUUUCUGUAAUAAAGCGUUCACGCAUCACACAAACAUGAAGAUGCACAUAAGGAAUAGACACGAGUCGUACGUUGUUGAUUCGCAUCAGGUUGAAGAUAUUGGUCUCGAUAACCCUGAGAUAUUGCAGAUGGAAAUAAUACAGAACGACACUGACGAAGGGAUAGUGGCCGAAGAGAUAAUUUUCGCGUGAUUUGCCGGCCUGGAUUUAGUGAAUGGAUAUUAUCAAAUAUCAAUACUUAUUUUCCCGGGGUUAUGGUACUGUUUAUCGUGAUGACGUUGUUGUUUUUUUCGGAAAUUAAUUAGGUUAAAAUGUUAACUGUUGAGGUAAAUAUAAUUUUGGAUAGGAGUUUUUCGUAAGAGCUCAAUAUCGACGAAAGCAUUUCGCUUUUCUGUAGGUCUGUGUUAGACAAAAUGUACACACGUAUUAGAAGUCUGAUGGAUCAAUAUAAAUAAAUGUUAACUUAUUUAAAAUUAGAUACAUUUAAAAUUAAAUUAAUGUAAUCAAUACUGUAUAUACUGUUAUUACUGUGUAUUACACUGUCUAAAAUUUC